CCCGGCGCACGACCCGGCGGGCGAGGCGGGGGUCCGCGUCCCCGAGGGGCACCCAGCUGGCGGGGCGGGCCCGGGAGGGGGGCUCCGCUGCGAGGCCUCCCGCUGUUGGGGGCCAUGUGGAUGCGGGGCGGGGGCCCCGGGGGGCGCGCAGCCGGCGGGCCCCGGGCUCUGCUCCCUGACGCCGGACCCCCGCCCGCCAGCAUGGGCAGCAGCUCGCUGUCCGAGGACUACCGUCUGUGCCUGGAGCGCGAGCUGCGGCGUGGGCGCGCGGGCGUGUGCGGGGACCCGUCGCUGCGCGCGGUGCUGUGGCAGAUCCUGGUGGAGGACUUCGAUCUGCACGGGGCGCUGCAGGACGACGCGCUGGCGCUGCUCUCCGACGGGCUGUGGGGCCGCGCCGACCUGGCCCCCGCGCUGCGCGGCCUGGCCCGCGCCUUCGAGCUGCUGGAGCUGGCCGCUGUGCAUCUGUACCUGUUGCCCUGGAGGAAGGAGUUCACCACCAUCAAGACCUUUUCAGGAGGCUAUGUGCACGUGCUGAAGGGUGCCCUCUCAGAGGACCUCCUCAUACAGAGCUUCCAGAAGAUGGGUUAUGUGCCCAGGGACAACCACCGCCUGAUGAUGGCUGCCCUGCCACCUGCCUGCCAACUGGUUCAAGUGGCUCUGGGCUGCUUUGCCCUUCGGCUGGAGUGUGAGAUCCUGGGCGAGGUGCUCGCACAGCUGGGCACCAGCGUGCUGCCAGCUGAGGAGCUGCUGCAGGCACGGCGGGCCAGCGCAGAUGUGGCCUCCUGUGUGGCCUGGCUGCAGCAGCGGCUGGCCCGGGAAGAAGAGCCGCCGCCUCUGCCCCCUCGGGGCUCCCCCACAGUCUACCAGACCCAGCUGGACCUAUACCGGGACCUGCAGGAGGAUGAGGGCUCAGAGGAGGCCAGCCUGUACGGCGGGCCCUCCCCAGGCCCCGAUUCACCACCCCCGGAGCUGGCCUGCCAACCUCUGCUCUGGGAACAGAGCGCCAAACUGUGGGGUGCCAGGGGCGGGGCCUGGGAGCCUCUGGGGGAUGCUGAGGUGCUGCCGCAGGCCAGCAGCCCACCCUAUGGGGCCAUGGAGGAGGAGCUGGAGCUGGAGCGGGAGCCUUCCGCCUUCUCCUUCCUCUCCUUGCGACGAGAGCUGCUAAGUCAGCCUGGAGCUGCAGCUGUUACCAAAGCCCCAGGAAGCCCUGGGCGGGCCAGCCCCCAGCUGGUGCAUGGGCCCAGCCCCCAGGCCCUGGGCUACCAGGCACAUAGCUGCCUAGCUCCGGGUGCCCUGCCUGCCCUCUGCUGUGACACCUGUCGCCAGCUGCACGCUGCCCAUUGUGGCAGCCUGCCCACCUGCCGUCCAGGCCACGCGCUUCGUGCAUUGCUCAGUGAUACACAACGGCGACUUUGGCUACAGCGUGCACAGGUGGACUCCCUGCUCUAUGACGGGACCGGGGCCCAACCUUAGGCCCAGCCAGGCCCUGAGUCAAAGGCCUUCCAGAGACAGUUUCUGUGGUGCUUCUCUGGACCUCAUCACUCUUCGGGCCUAAGCCUCUGGCCACCCUGCCCCUUGGGGACUCCUGGGCACAGCUCAGUGGGGUCCAGCCUCCCACAGAAAGCUCCUGCCUUGGGAUGGCCAACUCCCUACCCCCUGCACCUAGCAUCCAGGCCCAUAUCCAGACAUGCUCGAUGGAGGUGUCUCCCCACGAGGCCUGUACUAUGAAGAGCCCUCUCUUUUUUUUCACUCCUCCCAUCCCACUCUAGGGACCCAGCACUCAGCCUGGAACUCUUGACCUGAUCCCUACAGCUGUGCUUCAGAACGUGUUGCCUCCCUCCAAGUGUCCAGGGGAGAUUCUCCUCACAGGGGUGUCCCUGGGGGCCCUGCCAGGUACAUGGCUGGCCUAGCCCCUUGCCUGUGGGUGUCCUAAGCCAGGGCUGAACAGGCCGAGGGCUGCCUUGGAACCAGCCCAUAUGCCCUGCUUACAGCUGAACUGGAAAGUUUGGCCCACAAACAGAGAAGACAUGAUCUGAUCUCAAAGCAGAGUGAGGAAGCUCCCAAGAAGUCCAGAGAAUAGGCAGCAGGAAGUAGGAGGUGGGGAGCUAGUGGACGGGCUGUGUCACUCCCCUUCCGAGUAGAGUGUCAGGCUUCUGAGCAGUCAGCACCCCAGGAGCCACCCUGGAGCUGGCUUUCUGCUGUAUAGGCUCUGGAAGGCAGGGUGGGAGGCCAUGCUUUUCACCAGAGGACUCUUCCCCAGAUCCAGUAGUAAAGAAGUAGCCAGGCUUGUAGGCAGCCACCUAAGGUGGAGCCCCUUUCUCGGGGGGGGGGGGGUCCUGGAACUGUUCACCCCCUGGACCACAGGGGACAGGUGCCCAUGUUCUAUGCUGGCCCCUCUUCACUGGGCACGCUGCCCUAGACCAUCUAGUCCACUUCCUGUUCUCCCCAGGACUCAGAGAACCACCAUAUCACAUAAAUCAGGACGUUAAAGUUCAUUAAAGGACGCAGACCCUG